AUGUUUUUUAAAAUUUUCUUAGUUUUGUUAAAUUUGGGUAAAUUUGAGUUAAAGAAUUAUCCAACAAAUGAAUCUUUAUAUAAUUGUAAUUAUCAUCUUCUGCUUUUAAAUUCAGCAGAAGGUAAAAAGACUAGUAGAAACACAAGUUCUAAACCCAAUAUUGAAAAAAUGCAAAAUUCUAAGAAAUAUAAUCCAGUAACUCAUGUUAUUUUUGAUUUGGAUGGACUUUUAUUGGACACAGAGACAAUUUACAAAGAUAUAAUAUCAAAAAUUGCUGAAUCUUAUAACAAAAAGUACACGAAAGAAAUUCAAAUAAUGGUACUAGGUACAACUGAGCAGUCUACAGCAAAAAUUGUUGUUGAAAAUUGUGGAUUACCAAUCUCUUCAGAAGAGUUUCUUGAGCAAUUUAGAGGAAUGCAAGUUUCUUAUUUGCCUCAUGCCAAAUUAAUGAAGGGAGCAGAAAAAUUAGUAAAACAUUUACAUGAAAAUAAUGUUCCUAUUGCUGUUGCAACAAGUAGUAGUCAGAAUUCAGUGGAUGUUAAAACUAAAGCUCACAAAUCAUUAUUUGAUUUAUUUCAUCAUAUUGUUACGGGAAGUUCUGAUCCUGCAGUGAAACAGGGAAAACCAGCUCCAGACAUUUUUUUCGUAUGUGCCGAUAGAUUUCCAGACAAACCAAAGUACGAAAAGUGCCUUGUUUUUGAGGAUGCUCCUAAUGGGGUAACUGGAGCAAUUGCAGCAGGUAUGCAAACAGUUAUGGUCCCUGACUCUUUUUUACCUCAGGAUAAAACUUCUCAUGCUACAUUGGUUUUAAACUCAUUAUUAGAUUUUAAACCAGAACUUUUUGGUUUACCUUCUUAUAAAUAA